AUGGACCAGAUAGGGUCUUCCGGUAUGGAUCUCCGGACCUGGGACUAUUUCGAUUUUCCAAGUCUGGAAAUGACGCUGCCAUACCGCCCAAACCCAGCUCCGUCCAACAUCUCCUCCUCUGUGACCGUUACAAAAGUCACCAACAAAUCCAUCAAAAGAGCCAUCAAGAGAGGCCCCAGCAAAGCCCCCAACAAAGCCACCGUCUCUCCAGAGCUCCUGCGCAUCCAGCCGUACCUGAAAUUCCCCGGCUUCGACCUGCCCAAGGUCAUAAUCACCGAUCGAACCAAGGGAUUCGUCGACAUCCUGGGCGCAGACCAGGACCUCCCUGAUCCCGAAUCUGCAGACCUGCCCAUCAAGGCCGAUGAGAUGCCAUACCAUGUCUGCUUCAAAAUUGAGCAGAUGUUUGCCGCUGUCAUUGGAGUUCUGUAUGCAAACAAGGGUGAAGGACUGAGCCAUGAUCAGUUCUGGUUGAAGGUCCAGCGUGUUCUGACCAAACGAGACCCAGCUUGGAAGCACAAGGUCGCCGAAUGGAAAAUCUGCGAACUCGUCGACCUUUAUGCCAUCGCGCGCAAGCAUUAA